CCAGCCUCCGCCCGGCGCCCUGCGGGCAGCCCCCGGCCGCCGCGCCAUGUCUGCCGACUGGUUCCGGCGCCGCUUCCUGCCAGGCGGUCCGCUCCCCGCACCGGGGCCGCCCCGGCCCCGGCCCCGGCCCCGUUGCAGCCCUGUGCCGUACCGGCGGCCCCGCUUCCUGCGCGGCUCUAGUUCCAGCCCCAGCGCAGCCGACGCCUCGCGCCGCCCGGACGCCCGGCCGGUGCGCAGCCCCGCGCGGGGCCGCGCGCUGCCCUGGAACGCAGGCUACGCCGAGAUCAUCAAUGCAGAGAAAUCUGAGUUCAAUGAGGAUCAGGCGGCCUGUGGGAAGCUGUGCAUCCGGAGAUACGAGUUUGGGGUUGAAGAGGACCAAGAGUGGCUGACUUUGUGCCCAGAGGAAUUCCUGACAGGUCAUUACUGGGCACUGUUUGAUGGGCAUGGCGGUCCAGCUGCAGCUAUCCUGGCUGCCAAUACCCUGCACUCCUGCUUGCGCCGACAGCUGGAGGCCGUGGUAGAGGGCAUGGUGGCCACUCAGCCCCCCAUGCACCUCAGUGGCCACUGCGUCUGCCCCAGUGACCCUCAGUUUGUGGAGGAAAAGGGCAUUAGGGCUGAAGACUUGGUGAUUGGAGCUCUGGAGAGUGCCUUCCAGGAAUGUGAUGAGGUGAUCGGGCGGGAGCUGGAGGCCUCAGGCCAGGCAGGAGGCUGUACAGCCCUGGUGGCCAUGUCCCUGCAGGGAAAGCUGUAUGUGGCCAAUGCUGGAGAUAGCAGAGCCAUCUUGGUGCGGAGGAAUGAGGUACGGCCCCUGAGCUCUGAGUUCACACCAGAGACUGAACGUCAGCGGAUCCAGCAACUGGCCUUUGUCUACCCCGAGCUUCUGGCUGGUGAGUUCACCCGACUGGAGUUCCCUCGGCGACUGAAGGGGGAUGACUUGGGGCAGAAGGUUUUGUUCAGGGAUCACCACAUGAGUGGCUGGAGCUACAAGUGCGUGGAGAAGUCAGAUCUCAAAUACCCACUGAUCCAUGGACAGGGUAGGCAGGCUCGGCUGUUGGGAACACUGGCCGUCUCCCGGGGUCUGGGAGACCAUCAGCUUAGAGUACUGGACACAAACAUUCAGCUCAAGCCCUUCUUGCUCUCUGUCCCACAGGUGACUGUGCUGGAUGUGGACCAGCUGGAGCCGCAGGAGGAUGACUUAGUUGUCAUGGCAACUGAUGGGCUCUGGGACGUCCUGUCCAACGAGCAGGUGGCACGGCUGGUGCGAAGCUUCCUCCCUGGCAACCAAGAGGACCCACACAGGCUGAAGCACAAGGAGUGAGCAACAGUGGGUCUCUCAACUGCGAGCAAGCCAAACUGACAGGAGUAACUGCUGCAGGGGCAGCCACACCGACUUACAUGUUCAUGUCUCUCAGCAGAGCCAAAUGCUACAGUUGCCCUCCCAUCAGGCCAUGAGGGGAUCUCUUCCUCCUUGAGCAGUCCUGUGGAGAGUCUGCAUGGCCUACCACUCACAAGCUGGGAUGCUCCUUCUCCUGCCCUCCAGAGCCUUUGGCCAACCUCCAAUGACCGUGGGCAAAGUGGCAGGCCCAAGGUGGUGUAGCUCUGAGGAUGCUGAGCUACUACGGCAUUACCAAUUCACCAACCCAAGCAAUGGGGUUACCAAGCAACUGGCCCAGGCCUUCUGCCAAAACUGGUGUAGGAGCCUCAAAGAGGCCCCACUAUCCUUGUCCCCCAGAAGCCAGUACCUAGCAGGAUGAAACCUCAUUCCAGCUGGAGGUUGCCAAUCUGAUCUCAAGGGUUGAGGGGAUGAAAGGCAGCCUGGGGUACCUGCCACAUGCAGUCGUUGAAGAUCUCAAGGUUGGCUCAGGCUGGCCCUUCCCAGUCAGUCAUUCAUUUCUGGCCCUCUGGCUGCUUGUUAGAGCCUGAGGUUGAGAAGACCCAGGCUGCCAUGCACUGAGAGCUGGGUCAAGGGGUUUCUCCAGCCCACAAGUGUUAGUCACCAGGGGCAGUCCCAGGGAGCCCAACAGCCCGCCCACACAGCAUUACAGUGAGUCCCAAUGUGAGCCAGGAGGACUAACAGGAGACAAGCCCCCCUCCCCAACUCUAGGAACCAGGCAGACAAUGCUAUGAAAACUCAAUGGAAGAGGUUGCAGCCAUAAAAUUCUGUUUAAGACAGAUAACAUGGAAAAAAUGUUUAUAUGUUAAGUACAAAAGGGACAUAAAAUUGUAUAUACAGUAGAGUAACAACUAUGUAAACACACCAAGAAUCUAUGCACAGAAAUGUCUAGAGGAACAUUUAACACCAAAAGAUUAACAGUGGUAACAUUUGGGUGGCAAACAUUUGGGUGAUUCUUUUUAAAAUUCCCAGAUUUUUCUUAAUAAGCAUUAAUUAUGAUUGCAACGGGGAGUUUUUUCCUAAAAAAAAUAUCCCACUGGCUGGUGGUUGAGCAGUGCAGCAUCACUGUCAUAUAUAAAUCAGUGGCUUUGGCCCUGACUCUUGAGAGCGUGCUAUGCCCCCUACUCCCAGGAGAGCUUAAGCACCUCUGGCUCCCACUGAGUGUCCUUGCAGCCCAGUCCUCCUCAGCCUCUCUGACCCACACUCUUUUUUCCCUUAAUUCUGCCUUAUUCUCACAUCAUCUUCAGUCACGUCCGGCUGCAUCUUUCCCUUUUCUUCCAUCUCAGGAGCUAGCUCUGCAGCCACAGGUCCCCAUAAAUAGAAACUGUGCAGUACAUAUUUUCAAAGGACAUAGUGCCUCAGCUCUGGCCACAAAGGAACUCAAUACAUUUUCCUGCUAAUAGACAAGUCAUGCUUGGUGGCUGCUCUGGUUGCAGAUACGUGAAUUAGACAGUCUUUCUUGUUAACCCACAGUUCCAGGUACUCUCUCUGAACAGUUAUUCCUACCGUGAAUUUUCUACCCUGGAAAGCUGGGGUGGACAGUAAUAGCUCAAAUCAGCUGGUUUCUAAAAGUCCCUCUACUGAGAAUGCAGAGCUAUACAGUGUGGCACUGCAGAAGCUGCAGACUCCAGUCUAUGUUUGGGGAAGAUGUAUGCCCCUUGCCCUUAAGUUUGAGGAACAAGUCAAAAAGUAAAUGCUAAAAAGGCCAAACAAAACGGUAAUUGCUAGCAAUUCACAGCCUAUUCUUGCUGCUGAACAGAGGCUAUAAUGGCUUUUGCUUCCUCCCCAGUGGCUAAAUACUCUUCGGCAAGUCAUACAUAACCUUGUUGAGCCUGUUUCUGGAUCUGCAAGGAAUGUGUUACCUGCUUAAAUGUUUGAGAACUUAGUGAGAUAACAUGCCACUUGUCCUGCCCUAAGAAGCCAUGCAGGGGAAGAAAAGGCUCUGAGCUAGCCACAGCUCACCUCAGUCCCGAUCAGGAACCCUCCCUCCCCCAAGAGAAGGCAAGGAAAAGAAGCAAGGAAGCAGACAUACCAGGUAAACAGGAGUGACCUGUAAUUGGCAAAGAAGCCUCAGACAAGCUGAAAAUGCUCUGGUUCCAGCAUCCUGUCCCCAAAUGCUGGGAAUCAGACACAAAAGGCAUGCAAAAGUGACUGUCACACACAGACAGGCGCAGACAGAGCA